AUGACUGAACGUGACCUUUAUGUGUAUAGAAAACAGUAUGGUGUAAAUAUUGGCAGCUGGUUUUGUCUAGAAAGAUGGAUUUGUCAUGAUCUCCAUGUCAGUGACGGUGACUCUGAACUGGACGCUGUCUCUGGUUUAGUAGCCAAAUUCGGAGUCGAGGAGGCCAAACGUCGUUUUGAACAUCAUUGGAAUAGCUGGAUUGUAGACGAAGACUGGAAGUAUUUGGCUGAGCGAAACGUAAACAGUGUUCGUAUCCCCAUCGGUUUCUGGUCCCUGAGUCAUGCAUCCUUAUUUAAGGAUUCCCCCUUUGAAGCUUAUGCCGGAGUCUACGAGAACUGUAUUUCCAUUCUUAUCAAAAAAGUCCAAGAAGCUCAUAAAUAUGGCAUUGGUGUUCUGCUCGAUUUGCACGCUGUGUACGGUGGUGCAAACGAAGCAAUCCAUUCGGGAACUUCGUCCGGAAAGGCUGAAUUCUUUUCAAAUGCAAAUUUCCAGCAACGUUCGGUAGACACCGUACGGUACAUGUCCGAUGUGUUUGCGCAAUUCCCCAACAUUGUUGGUAUACAGGUUGUGAGUGAACCCAAUUACGGCCAAAACGAGGUUCUUGGAAGAUAUUAUACAGCCUGUAGAGCAGUCGUCGAUAAGGAAAUCCCAGUCUACAUUGGAGAUGGUUGGGAUUUAAAUGCUUGGGUUGAAUGGGUUCACCAGCAUGAGCAAGAGGGAAGCUAUGUCGUUGACCAUCACUAUUAUUUCUGUUUUUCCGAGGAUGACUGCAAGCAGCGUCCUAAAGACAUCGUUAAACGUGUAGAGGCAGGCGAGGGAUGCCCUGAUGCAGAGGAAUGCAGCGUUGCUGUUGGAGAAUGGAGCUGUACACUCUCGGAACAAUCUUGGGGCCGUACUAAAUUACCGGAUAAGAGACGCAAAGAUUUUGGAGAGGCACAAGUUCUCUUGUAUACCGAGAAAAACGGCGGCUCCUACUUUUGGACAUAUAAGUUCUCUGAUGGAAGAGGUGGUGAAUGGGAUUUCCGUGAAAUGAACGAGGCAGGCAAUGUCGUGUAUCCUGGACCGAAACCUUUACCUAAAAGCCUCGAUCCUCCAAAGGCCUUUGUUCAAAAACGUGAUUCGGAAUAUGAAGAGCAUGUGAACUACUGGACUCAUCAAUGUCCCGGAGAAACGUUCUGCCAUGCACUUUUCAAGCAAGGUUGGGACGACGCUUGGACGGAUAGUCUUUUCUUCUUGAAGAACAACUCAGUGCUGGGUUACCCACGAAUUUGGGCUCAAAUGCGUACACGUACUGUUUGUCCGGACAAUAAGUACGCAUGGGAAUAUCUUCAUGCCAUGCAACGUGCUUUUCAAUUUCUCAAAACCAAAGGAAAUGUCCUUUAG